AUGUUUCAUUCUACUAUUUAUGGUAGUUGUCUAAUGUUGCCUAAACAUGUUAGCAGCAGUUCAGCCCAGACUAUUCUAAUGGUGCUCCUUCGCAGGUUUUCCCGUGGUUCAGCCCAGACUAUUCUUCCCCCAAGCAAGAAUGCUAGAGGUGGCCGUCUUUGUGGUUCAUAUGAUAAUCAACUUAAAAAUCUGGAGAAAGAUGCAUUGAAGAUAAAAGAGCAUGCUCAACAAGGCCGGGGAAUAAAACGCAACAAGGAGGAAGAACUCAGUAGUAUUCAAGAUAAGUUACAUAAUGCAAAGAGAAGGCGCAUGAAUGCAGAGAGGGAAUUAAGGUCAAAAGAAUUUGAACUGCAAGAUGUGAAAAAGUCGAUCUCUGCAGAAGCCAGUUCUGCACUUGAAUCUACUGUAGAUGAGCUCCAUCAAGAACUAUCUAGGCUCCAACAUGCAAUACAAGAGAAGGAGGAUUUGUUAGAAAAGCUUGAGAUGAGAGUAAAUGAAGCAGGAAAUAAAGCUAAAGAUCUUAGAGCUUCAUUCGAAAGUUUGUGUGGGUCGGCAAAAACCGAAAUUGAUGCAUUAGCAGAGGCAGAGCGCAUGCUAAUGAUGAUUGAGAAAGAUUUACAUGAUGCAGAAGCGGAGAAGAAACAUUUCGAGAAUGUCAUGAGUACACGAGUCCUUUCUGACCUCAAUGAUGCAGAGGCAGAGUAUCGGGAGCUUCAACACAACUGUACGGAGAACCGCCGGAAAGCUUCGAUUAUAUGCCCUGAGAGCGAGAUUGAAGCUUUAGGGGGCAGUAGUGAGAGCAAUCCAGAGCAACUCAGUGCUCAACUAAGCAGGAUGAAUCAAAGACUUCAGCGUGAGAGCCAGAGAUUUCCAGAAUCUAUCGAGGAUCUCAGGAUGUUGUACCAAAAAAAGGAGCGUAAAAUCCUAAGGAAAAGGCAAAAUUACCAAGCCUUUCGAGAUAAACUAGAAGCAUGCCAGAAAGCAUUAGAGUUGCGAUGGAGCAAGUUUCAGAGGAACGCAACUCUUUUGAAGCGCCAGCUGACAUGGCAAUUCAAUGGCCAUUUGAGAAGGAAAGGGAUCAGUGGUCAAAUCAAAGUUAGUUACGAGGAGCAAACCCUCUCAAUAGAGGUAAAAAUGCCUCAGGAUGCAUCAAGCAGCACUGUUCGUGACACUAGAGGGCUUUCAGGUGGUGAGCGUUCCUUUUCAACUUUGUGCUUUGCCCUCGCGCUUCAUGAAAUGACAGAAGCACCAUUCCGAGCAAUGGAUGAGUUUGAUGUAUUUAUGGAUGCAGUUAGCAGAAAAAUCAGUCUAGAUGCUAUUGUGGAUUUUGCAUUGGCUCAAGGAUCCCAGUGGAUAUUUAUAACUCCACAUGACAUCAGCAUGGUGAAGAACGACGAAAAGAUAAAGAAGCAGCAAAUGGCAGCACCUCGUGGAUGA